UUGCAGUUUUGGCUGAACUAAAAGGACGCGCCUUCCUUCCGGGUCGCCGCUGCGAGGAGGAGCCUCACGGCGUCCCGGGAGCCGGUGGGUCCGGCUCGCUGACCGCCUCUCGCCUUCCCCUCUGACCCUUCAUUUCCGCGGAGCCGGCCGCCUGCCCCAGGCGCUGGAGGCCGGAGUCCCGCGGUCUGUGCCGGGUCCGCGCACCAGCGGCUGCGGAUGGGCGACCGCGGCGGCGGGGCCUGAUCGCGGCCCGGAGCCCUCAGAGUGGCAGCAAAGGGAGACAAGGGCUUGAGGGCCACUUGAGUGUGCAUGAUACCCUGUGCAGGCACUUGGCGGCUGUGACCGCACUCGGCCUCCAGGCUGGGUGCUGGCAAGAUGGAAACCGUGCAGGAGGUGGUUUGGGCCAACGGGAGCACAGUGCUGUCCCCACCCCUGGCUCCCAACAUCAGUGUGCCACAUCGCUGCCUGCUGCUGCUGUACGAGGACAUCGGCACCUCUCGGGUCCGGUACUGGGACCUCUUGCUGCUCAUCCCCAAUGUGCUCUUCUUCAUUUUCCUGCUCUGGAAGCUUCCGUUUGCUCGGGCCAAGAUCUGCAUCACCUCCAGCCCCAUUUUUAUCACCUUCUAUAUCCUGGUGUUCGUGGUGGCGCUAGUGGGCAUUGCCCGGGCCGUGGUCAGCAUGACGGUCAGCACCUCGGAUGCUGCAACUGUUGCUGAUAAGAUCCUGUGGGAGAUUACCCGCUUCUUCCUGUUGGCCAUCGAGCUGAGUGUGGUUAUCCUGGGCCUUGCCUUUGGUCACCUGGAGAGCAAGUCAAGCAUCAAGCGUGUGCUGGCCAUCACCACCGUGCUGUCCUUGGCCUACUCUGUCACCCAGGGGACCCUGGAGAUCCUGUACCCUGAUGCCCACCUCUCAGCCGAGGACUUCAACAUCUAUGGGCACGGGGGCCGCCACUUCUGGCUGGUCAGCUCCUGCUUCUUCUUCCUGGUGUACUCUCUGGUGGUGGUGCUUCCCAAGACCCCUCUGAAGGACCGCAUCUCCCUGCCUUCCCGGAGAAGCUUCUAUGUGUAUGCAGGCAUCCUGGCGUUGCUCAACCUGCUGCAGGGGCUGGGAAGCGCGCUGCUCUGUGCUGACAUCAUCGAGGGGCUCUGCUGUGUGGAUGCCACCACGUUCCUCUACUUCAGCUUCUUCGCGCCCCUCAUCUAUGUGGCCUUCCUCCGGGGUUUUUUCGGCUCGGAGCCCAAGAUCCUGUUCUCCUACAAAUGCCAAGUGGAUGAGACUGAGGAACCGGACAUGCACCUGCCCCAUCCCUACGCUGUGACCCGGAGGGAGGGCCUGGAGGCAGCAGGUGCCGCCAGCACACAGUUCGACUCGGCCAGCGGCGUGUCUUACCUGGAUGACAUCGCUUCCAUGCCCUGCCACACCGGCAGCAUCAACAGCACGGACAGUGAGCGCUGGAAGGCCCUCAAUGCCUGAUUGCAGCUGCCCUGGCUGGAAAGAGUCCUGGGGCCUGUGGCUGGCAGAGGGGAGAGGAGGCCAGGCAGUGCAGAGUCCUUGGAGGAUGAGGCCAAGGACCUUGUGUGGGUGGCAGUGCUAUGCAGGCUCUGUCCUUCCACCUGGGCCUCCAGUUGCUCUCAGCCAUCUCUGCUCUAGCUGUCCCUCCCCCUUCUGUCUGUCUGCCCUUGCCCUGCUCCACAAUGUGGUCCAGAUUAUGAUCUCUUACGCUGGCCAAGGACACCUCUUCUCCAAAGGAGAAAGCCUGGGCACCCAGCACUGGCACCCCUCCCGACAGCACUUUGGCCUUUUCAAAGCUCACUCUGGCAGGUGGGCUGAAGUGUGUAUAUUUUCUUGAUCUAUUUUUUAAUAAAAAAGAAAAGGAGCACA